UAAUAUCUAGUUUUUAUUCGCCCAUCCUCCACACUGCUCCAUGCAAAACGGGGCCGGACCAUAGUCAAUGGCGGAAUCGAGUGGAAAAGACACCGCAGCCAGCACAAGCAACAGAAGCGAAUCCCAUUCCUGUCCCAUGUGCCAUGAGUCGUUCUACGGAGAUAUUAUCGCAUUCGAAAGCCAUGUUCAGAGUCACUUUGCAGACGAGAUCCAGCCAGCGCAAAGGGCAAGCGAGGAGGUAGGCAAACCUGCCAACGGGAAGGCUGAUGCUGAGAUCACGGGCUCGUCCUUAUUCAGUCAAUUCGCAAUUGAGUGCGAUGCCCCAGGCUGCGGUAUGAUGGUCAGCAUCGAAGCCAUGGCAGGACACAUGGAUAGACAUCUUGCGGAGCGAAUUCAGGGUGCUGGCUGGAUAGAGAGUUCCACUACCAAGGGCCAUAUGCAUGCGCGGCACGACACCACUGGAAAGCGAGCAAGGAGCCACUUUCCACACAUUUCAGAGUCAUAUCCUAGAGGCGCACCCAAAAAGCAGCCGAGAACUGCUUCUUCAGAGGCAGCAAUCCUGCGCACGAGUCCAGUACAGAAAACAAAAGAAGGUGGUCAAACAACCAUGGAUGGAUUUGUUAAAAGGACAGAUACUGGCAGUGGAUCAUUAAGGAUAGGAACUCCAUCGCCUUCGCCUUCGCAACUCACUUUUCUUUCUGCUAACUCACCCAAUGACGUUGGGGUCCCAGGAUUGAUUGCGAAGGCGAAAAUGCUACUAGAUAUUUCAAAAGCGCAGGGCAUCACCAGGCAGGCAUAUCUUGCAGACCCGUCUGUGGCCUUUUGCCAAAGCGAUAAAUCAGACCGAGGAUGGGGAUGCGGAUAUCGGAAUAUUCAAAUGAUGCUGUCCUACGUUGUCCAGCAAGCAUCUGCUCACCAGGACGCCAUCCAUGACACAAUCGGGGAUGAUACCGACAGACAAAUAUCCAGCUCUAUUCCCACCAUUCCUGAGCUCCAGCAACAGCUCGAGUUUGCAUGGGAGAAGGGUUAUGACCUCUCUGGUGCACGGCAGCUGAAUCACAAGGUUAGGGGAACCAGGAAGUGGAUCGGGACCACAGAGGCGUGGUCAAUUUUGUGCUCGCUUGGGAUCCGCUGCAGCAUACUCGAUUUCCACAUGCCCACCGGCCCCAAUGGUACCCAUCCGGCAAUGCUCUCAGCAGUCUACAACUACUUUCGGACACCACCAUGGUCGCCCCUUACUGCACCAGAACUGAUGUCGUUCUCAAGCCACCUACAACAAGACUCGGAUCAGAGGGUCAUCCAGACUGCCAAACCACCCCUCUACAUUCAGCACCAGGGCCACUCGCGUACGAUCAUUGGCAUCGAGGUUUUGACGACAGGGGAGCUGGAUCUCCUGGUGUUCGAUCCUGGUCGCUGGCUUCACAGGUCCAUACCAACUCUACGGGAAGAAUCUGUCUCAAAGACGGUGUCACCUUCACUCGGCUCCAAGGUAACGGCUGAGCGAGGUCUUCUUGAUGCCCAGUAUUUACUCAAGGCAUUUCGACUGAAGCUGCACGUGGGGACCUUUAAGGCUCAAUACCAGCUGCUUGGCAUUUCCGGCCUGUACCAUGAGAGCGAUGAUACGGAUGGUUAUCGACAGCGAAAUGUGUUGGAGCUCCUCAAGAGUAAUACUUCGCUCUCAAUUGGGUGGAACGAUGAGGAGGCACAGCAGAGUAAACUGGUCAGCAGCACGCGAGUUCAUUGACUCCGGUGCCUUCGCUCUAGGAUGCAUGACGAUAUAUAUUGUUCUUCGCCAUAGAUCCUUCCUUCCUUCUGCCGCCCUGCCGUGAUUGAUACCAUGUGGUGUAGCUGCAGGCCUGCCAAAUUGGAUCAGCAAGUCACUUUCGUCAUUAUCCUGCCAUGUCUCACAGAAAUAAAGCGGCC